AUGGAAAAUUUAGUUCAAACUCGAAUUUAUAUUAGUUGUACCAUGGACGUAAAAUCGCGCAUUAGAAAUUGGUGGAAAACAGUAAAACUUAAAUCCGGGCUUCAACAUGUGGGACUUUUGGUUACCCUUAUGGGGUACACACUGGCAGGUGGUUUGGUUUUUAGGCGAUUUGAGUACCCUGCUGAAGUGUCAAGAAUAAAAUAUUUUAAUAGAACAAUAUUGCGGGAAAGGCAACAACUAAUAGAAUUUAUAGGAAAUACUACAGGGUCGCCAAAUUCGAAUUAUUUAAUUUCUAAUGAACUCAUUAAAUAUGAGCGUAUUCUUCAAGAUUCUUUUAUGGCUGGUAUACCUCGGUUUCCACAGGGCGACAUGGUAAAGUGGACCACCCUUAAAGCAGUAUUUUUCUCUUCUACUGUGUUAACUACUAUAGGUUACGGAAAUAUUGUUCCAGUUACAACUGAAGGACGUGCUUUCUGUGUAGUUUUUGCCCUUGUUGGAAUACCUUUAACUCUAACAGUAAUUGCAGACUGGGGACGUUUAUUUGCUUCUGCAGUUUCCACUUUAUUUCGACAUUUUCCUCCUCUACCUCCUAGUCUUAAGAAUGCGAUGGUGGCUCGACGGACAUCUUCUUAUGCACUUUGGUCCGUGUGCUUCCUGUUCGUAUAUUUAGCAGCUGGAGCCGGACUAUUUGUCAUAUGGGAGGAAGAUUGGACAUUUUUCGAAGGAUUUUAUUUUUGUUUCAUUACGAUGACUACAAUUGGAUUUGGAGAUAUUGUUCCAAAGCAGCCCAAAUAUAUGCUACUGUGCACAUUAUACAUUCUGGUUGGUUUGGCGUUAACUUCUACCAUUAUCGAAUUAGUUCGUCGACAAUACGCUAAAUCCUGGAGACAAUUACAAGCUUUGAGAGGUCCUUUGGCAGAAAAUUUUAGAAAACUAGCUGAUAAUGCACCUGGUCUUGAUGUACUUGCAUUUCAGCAGGAUUUAAUGAAAGUUCUUACUGUGGUAACUAUGCCAAGAAAAUCAGCGAAUAGGAAACACAAGGGUGCGAAACAAAAGGAAUGGGAGGAUGCUAUCGAGGCUGUGAUAAGGGAUAUCACGACUAAUGCCACGGAUCAUAAUAAACAGCAAAUGGUUCAGAUUGUUAUUUACGAAAGUUCCGUCUAAGAACAAAAUUUCUCUCUGAUGCAUUAAAAAUAACUGUAAUUAACCACGUACAGGGUGCCACCUAACGAAUGUUACAUACUUCAAAGAUAUGAUCUAGAUCUAUAUAACCUAAAUGGUGUCGAUUUAACCAAACUUGCUUAAACGAAAAAUGUCGCAAAAAAGU